AUGGCGGACCAAGCCGAAGCCCCGGUUCCAGUCCAGCCGUCGCCACCGCCGACUAGCUGGCCAAUUACCAGGGAGUCGUACGAGCUACAGGAAGUCAUUGGUAGCGGGGCCACAGCAGUGGUGCAGGCAGCCCUCUGUUGCCCCAGACAGGAGCGUGUUGCCAUCAAGAGAAUCAACCUGGAAAAAUGCCAGACCAGCAUGGAUGAAUUACUAAAAGAAAUUCAAGCAAUGAGCCAAUGCAACCAUCCCAAUGUUGUCACCUAUUAUACUUCCUUUGUGGUGAAGGAUGAACUGUGGUUAGUCAUGAAGCUUCUUAGUGGAGGCUCCAUGCUGGAUAUUAUCAAGCACACAAGCAAAGAAGAGGACAGAAAUCUCGACGAGCCAAUAAUUGCAUCGAUACUAAAAGAAGUGCUUGAAGGUCUCGACUAUCUGCACAGAAACGGACAAAUUCACCGGGAUGUGAAAGCUGGGAAUAUUCUACUGGGAGAAGAUGGAUCUGUUCAGAUUGCAGAUUUUGGCGUCAGCGCAUUUCUAGCCACAGGAGGGGAUAUGACAAGACACAAAGUUAGAAAAACAUUUGUAGGAACGCCAUGCUGGAUGGCACCAGAAGUGAUGGAACAGGUACGGGGUUAUGAUUUUAAAGCAGACAUUUGGAGUUUUGGCAUAACAGCCAUCGAACUAGCAACAGGGUCUGCACCCUAUCACCGCUACCCCCCUAUGAAGGUCUUAAUGUUGACACUGCAGAACGAUCCACCCACUCUGGAGACUGGUAUUGAGGACAAGGAAAUGCUAAAGAAGUAUGGCAAAUCUUUUAGGAAGCUAAUAUCUAUGUGCCUUCAGAAAGAUCCUGCCAAAAGGCCUGCAGCUGCGGAGCUCUUGAAGUGUAAAUUUUUCCAAAAGGCUAAGAACAAAGAAUAUCUUGUUGAAAAACUACUGUGCUGUGCGCCAAAGAUAUCCCAGAGAGCAAAGAAGGUUAGACGGGUCCCAGGCUCCAGUGGCCACCUGCACAAAACGGAGGAUGGUGAUUGGGAGUGGAGUGACGACGAGUUGGAUGAAGGAAGCGAGGAAGGCAAGGCAGCUGUAAACCGGGGCAGGUCACGGCGGGUCAAGGAUGGGUCCAAAGAAAAUGAAGAAAAUGUCAAUAACGUUCCUAUUGAUGGUUUAUCCAUUCAGCAUCCCCAGGUGGAGCCAUAUGGGGAUUCACCAUACAUUCAAGGUGCUGUGAAUAUGGUCCUGCGACUAAGGAACUCCAAAAAAGAACUGAAUGACAUCCGGUUUGAAUUCACUCCUGGGCGAGACACUGCUGAUGGUGUUUCCCAGGAAUUGUUCUCUGCGGGUCUCGUCAACGGACACGAUGUGGUCACUGUUGCUGCUAACCUUCAAAAGAUUGUAGAUGACCCAGCUACCUACAAAGUAUUGACCUUUAAGCUGGCCUCCUGCUGUGAUGACUCCGAGCUUCCGGAUGAGGUGAAGCUGAUCGGCUUUGCGCAGCUGAGUCUUAGCUGA